CGUUUUGCCUCCUUCCUGUCAGUUCCACCAACGACUUGGAAACGGAAGCCAUUUCUAAUUGUAUAUUUAAUCUGGUAUCACCUGUUAGGACUUUAAUAAGUUCCAUAUUUGUAAGCGUGUUGAAAUAACGUGCAUUUGCUUUGAUUUUAAUGAAACCCGAAACCUCAGAACACACCGCCAUAUUUGCUCUCGGAUAUACUCGGCUGAAAUCGGUAAGUCAGGGAAAUGGACGAGUCUCACUCGGCAACAAAACAACUGGGGUUGGAUGGAGCGUCCGAAAGCACGACUGUCGGGCCAGUAGAGGAGGGGGAGGAUUCGGAUACUGAAUCGGAGGCCGAAGGCACGACGAUGACGGUAAUGGGGGAAGCUAACAUCGACAUCGGAGCCGAGUCCUUGCCGAAUCCAGACGAUACGCAAUCCACAUUCGCAGAGGUCACGACUGUCACUGUUGGGGAUGUCCAGGCAGAUGACAAUGUCUUCACCACCUCCGUGUCCGCGUCCGCUGCCAUUCCAGAGCACGUUCUUACAGGUAGGACUACGCUGCAGAUUGGGGACAGUCUGAAUACCCAGAAGGCCACGCUGAUCGUGGUCCACACUGAUGGCAGCAUCGUGGAUGCCAGUGGGCUGAAGGGGUCGACUUCUCCAAUGGCAACAGGGCCUCAGACUCCGUCCACGCCCCUGACCCCCAUCCAGGAGAAAGACGGCUCCAAGUACAACUGGGACCCAUCUGUCUAUGACAACGAGCUGCCAGUUCGCUGCAGGAACACCAGCGGCAUCCUCUACAAAAACAGACUUGGCUCAGGAGGGAAGGGUCGUUGCAUUAAGCACAACAACGCCUGGUUCACCCCCACUGAGUUUGAGGCGAUGGCGGGCAGGGCCAGCAGUAAGGACUGGAAGAGAAGCAUCCGCUACGCCGGCCGGCCUCUCCAGUGCCUCAUACAGGAGCGCAUUCUCAACCCCCACGCUGCCUCCUGCACGUGUGCGGCCUGCUGUGAUGACCUAGCCCUGUGCACGAAGGACGGCUCGUCAUUCACUGCGGAGAACAUAAAUAUGACGGGACCAGUCAGGUUGUUUGUUCCCUACAAAAGACGCAAGAAGGAGCCUGAACAAGCUCCCACUCCGGAGAAGAAGGACAGUCCACCAACCAAGAACAUCACACUCACACCAGGAACUACCUUUACCGUGACUCCCUCCGGUCAGAUCACCACCUCUGGCACGUUGACCUUUGACCGCACGCCUACAGGCGAGGCCACCGCCAUCAUCUCGGAAGGCCCUGCCCAGGCAGACGUGUUCGCCAGCACUGCAGUGCUGACGACGCUGCCAGCCCUGGCUCUCGCCCCUCCCCCGGCGGUGGUCCAGCCCAAAGUGUCGCCGCCGGUCCUGAGUAACCUGAGUCAGCUGAGUAACCUUGGCAACGGGCUGGAUGCGGACCAGCGCACGUGGCAGCAGCUGGAGGAGGCGGCCAGCACGCUCCUCGGCGCCGCCCAGCAGCUGAAGGUUCUGAUCGAGCAGGCCAAGCAGGCCAGCCUGGCCCACGGAACUGCCAGUGGCACCAGUACCACCGCCGCCACCACCUGCGCCAGCUGCCCCGACGGCCUCAGCGUCAGGAAGGAUCCCUUCCAGACACAGAUCCCGUUCCAGAACCCUGAGGACCCUGAAGGCAAAACCACAGAGAUCCUCAUCAAGCAAAUGUGUGUGAACUGCGGCCGUGACGCUGUGAGUGAGUGCACAGGCUGCCACAAGGUCAACUACUGCUCCACCUUUUGCCAGAGAAAGGAUUGGAGAGACCACCAGCACAACUGUUGCCAGGGCAACACCACUGGGACACAGGAAAUAGUUCAAAUCCAGGGCAUGGAGGUGGAGAAGGUGAAGAUGUAGUGCCAGGCGGAGGUGGAGAAGGUGAAGAUUUCAGAUCCGAUGCUGGACAAGUGGAAGAGCUGGUAUCGAAGAGGUGGUGCGCAUACAGACUGGUGCGUUGCUGUGAAAACGGGGCUGAGGUCAUCGAUGUCCUGCACCUGCUGCUCCCUCCGUGUGCCGUGCUCUGUGGACUGAAAAUGACAGAAUUAUGAGUGAAAUGGGGCUGAGGUCAUCGAGGCCAUGAGUGGAAACGGGGCUGAGGUCAUCAAUGUCCUCCACCUGAUGCUCCCUCCGUGUGCCGUGCUCUGUGGACUGCUGCAGGCUAGUGGUCUGGUGGUCUUCUGCAGGCUGGUGGUCUAGUGGUCUGGUGGUCUGCUGCAGGCUAGUGGUCUGGUGGUCUUCUGCAGGCUGGUGGUCUAGUGGUCUGGUGGUCUGCUGCAGGCUGGCCCGAGCCGUGGCACGCGAUCACAAUCUCUCACCCCUGAUGCAGCCGAUUUUAUUACAUAUUAAUAAAGCUUUCUGUGGACCAGG